GUUAAGGCGCCAACUUGUAAAGGUCACAGGAAGCCUACAAAUGCCCCACACCAUAGCGUUCUUCUCUGAGGCCCUCAUCUUGAGCUCCUGCACCUUCUCCCUCAUGGCGACCUCAUGUGGCCUGGUGUUAGCCUGUGUUGCUGUGAUGAUAGCCAUGGCGGGUGCGAUUCAGUUCAGGGUCGGAGGAUCGAAGGGGUGGUCUGUGCCUGACCCCGGUGCAAUGUCGUACAACCAGUGGGCUGAAAGAAACAGGUUUCGUGUGGGAGAUUCACUGUUGUUCGUCUACCCACCCGAUAAGGACUCCGUCCUCCAAGUCGGGAAGGAAGCCUACGACGCUUGCAACACCAAUGCCUACGUCGAGAAGUACGACCACGGCAACACCGUGGUCACUUUCAACCGGUCGGGGCCCGUGUACUUCAUCAGUGGCGUGGAAGCCAACUGCCUGAAGAACGAGUCGGUGGUCGUGGUCGUCAUGGCGGAUCGGAGCAACCGAGCCGCAGCCCCAGGUGCGAGCGAGCCGAGCCCGUCGCCUUCUCCUUCGACCCCAGUCGCGAGGGAGCCGAGCCCGUUGCCUUCUCCUUCGACGGCCUCAGCGCCAUCUCCUCCUCCUCCUCCGUCGCCGCCACCGAGCCCGGCCGAAGUCACACCAGCACCGGGACCUGCACCUUCGGGUGAGGAACCCAAUCCUCCAUCUCCUCCCUCUCCGCCAAACAUGGCUUCGUCGACGAAGGUCGGCUUCAUGGGCAUGGUUGGCUCCCUCCUUGGAUCGGUCCUACUACUUGCUUUGUGAGGUGGGGAGCAAAUGAAUCGCUUGUGGAGUUAUCGAGCUUUUUGGCGUCAUUGGUUUGAGUGGUUUGAGUGUGCCUUCCGAGAAUAAACUGUUGGAUUGCCACAAGCUAUUCUAUUCUUUCAAGUUGGUGAAUGCAGAAAAUUUAUUUGUCUGAA